ACUCUGUUCUACGCAUUAUCUACGCCGCCAAGUAAAUGUCAAAUUGUGUUGUGAUCGUACGUUAAAUCUUAAUUAAUAGGUUAUGUGCGCAAGAAAUCGUUAGAUUGAUUCUUUCUGUUAAUGGUUUUAGUUGAUUCUCAUUGUAAAUCACGACAAUUUUUGUUAUUUUGUUUUCUUGCCGUAUUUAAUGCUUGUAUUUAAUAAACUACAACUAUAUUUUGUCUCAGAUUCAAUAAAAAAUGUCCAUCAUAAACCGAAUGAGUAUUCAGGGUGUUCGGAGCUUUGGUACAGACCCUGGUGAUGAACAGCUAGUCAAAUUUGAAAGCCCUUUGACAUUAAUUUUGGGUGAAAAUGGUUGUGGAAAAACCACUAUCAUUGAAUGUAUUAAGUAUGCACUCACUGGAGAAUUGCCUCCCGGUUCUGAUAAAGGAGUCAAUUUUGGUCAUAAUCCAAAAAUCAACAAAUCGGCUAUAACACAAAGUCAAGUUAAAAUGAAAUUGAUUGAUCCAAUAACUAAUAGAGUUUUAGUGAUCACUAGAAGCUUUCAAUUAACACAAGAAAAAAGUAAAAUGACUUUUAAAAGUAAAGAUGUUGCAUUACAUUGGGAAGACAAAAAUGGACAGAAAGGUUCUAUAUCAGGUCGUUGUGUUGAUGUAAAUACAGAAAUGAUUGCAGCUAUGGGUGUUUCUAAGCCUAUUUUAAAUGAUGUAUUAUUUUGUCACCAAGAAGAUUCUUAUUGGCCUUUGGAUGAAGGAAAGAAAUUAAAAGAGAAAUUUGAUGCUAUUUUUGAUGCAACGAAAUAUAAUAAAUGCAUGGAUAUAUUACUGAAAAUAAGAAAAGCCAAAGAAGCAACCACUAAAAGUGCAGAAAAAGAUGUGGCUCACUAUAAAUACAUAAAAGAUGAAACAACUUCUAAACGAGCUUUGUUGAAAGAGACUGAAACUAAAUAUCAUGAUUGCACUGAAAAUGUAGUCAAGCAUCAAGAAAAACUCAUACCAAUCGAAGAUAGACUUAAACAAAUUAAUGCAGUGGAAAAUAAUAUAAUCGCCUUAAAAACUGAACAAAAGUCUAUAGAAAUAAACUUAUCAAAUUGUAAGCAACAACAAGAAGAGUUACUUAAUAAUAUCAAAGAAGUGUAUCAUGGUGAUAUAGACAGUUUACAAAAAAAAAUAGAAUCUUUCCAAAAAACAUUAGACACUAAAAAGAUGAAUUUGGAAUCAGCUACAACUCGAUUAAAUAAAGUAGAAGCAAAGGAAAUUGAAUGUAAUAAACAAAUUACUGUAGCUGAGGUUCGAAAAGGCGAAUUGAUUUCUUUGCGUAGCCAAGAACAAGAGCUCUUAGCCAAUCGCAAUUCUAAACUAAGCAGAAUGGCUGCUGAGACAGAUUCUCAAGUCGAAGAAAUAGAUGAUUCAAAGGAAGACGUUCAUGAUACAAUGAAUUCUGUAAAACAUAGAAUAACACGCAUGCAACAUGAACUAGAACAAAUAAGUUAUAAUGUUGACAGAGAAGAUAGUAAACAUCAAGAAAAAUUAAAUAAAUUGAGAGAUAAUCAGGCGGCUUUAAGAAACGAAAUUAAAUCAAAGUCAUCACAAAUGGAUAAUGUUGAAAAAGAAGCAGAUUCUAUCAAAAAGCAGUUAGAUGAAAUUGAUAAGUCAGCAAAUAAACUUAAAGAAAUAGCAAGUAAAAUUGAAAUUGUUAACAGAGAGCAGCAAAAGCUAGUGGAACAAUGUGAUGUGGAUGAAUUAAAAGCUGAAAUGGCUAAGAAAAUAAAUACCAGAAAGUCAUUGGAAACAGACCUUGAUAAAAUCGACCAAGAGCUGCGUGAACUUCAGAAGCAUAGUGGAAUUCGAGCUGAGUUGGACAUUCAAACACAACAAUUAUCAGAUAAAAAUAAUGAAAUAAAAAAGAUUAAAAAUAAGUACUCAGAUGCUUUAAAUACAUUAUUUGGAAAUUUGGUACCCAGCACAAAUUUCAAAAUGUCAGUUCAAAGAAAGUAUGAUGAUCUUUCCAAGGAUGUGAAUGAUCUAAAUAGUACAAUUAAGAAGAAAGAGCAUGAGAGUGUUGUUUUGAAAUCAAAUAGAGAGCACCAGAAAGAGCAAGUUAAAACUUUAAGCAAUGAGUUGAAUAAAUAUGAAGAGCAAGUUUAUGAAGAAUGUCAGGGUCAAGAUUUUGAGAGUGAGCUUGCAAAAUUAAAAGACAGUAUUGAAAGAAAUUUGAAACACCGAGGUACUUUAUCAUCUUCUUCAUAUAUUUACGAAAAAUAUAUUGAGACUUUUGAGAAAGACGACCCGUGCUGUCCGUUAUGCCACAGAAAUUUUGACAACCAAGAAGAAGUAUCGGAUUUAGCUUCAGAGCUUAAAAUGAAGUUGCGCAGAUUGCCAGCAGAACUAGAAAAGACUGAAAUAAUUUUGAAGAGGGAUCAAAAGAAAUAUGAUACUCUGCUCUCUCUAAAGCCAGUUAUUGAUAAAAUCGCCUCCAUAAAAAAAGACUUGCCAACUGUAAAAGACAAGUUGAAAAAACAGAAACAUCACUACAAAAUGUUUUAUCAGAGGUAUUAUGGCUUUGUUGAAAAUUAUAAGAUGUCCAUAUGUGAACCCCAAAGCAGCAUGGAAUUAGCCAAUUCUAUAAUUCCUGAUAUGUCAAUGUUGGAUCAAAAUUUGUCUGUUGUACAAAAACUACAAAAAGAGGUGCUUAAUUUACAAUCGAAAUUACCAAAAGUGGAAGCUGGGUGGACAUUAGAAGACGCGCAGUCCGAGCAAUCUGUGAUUAAAGCUGAAUUGCAACAAACUCGAAAUGAAAUUGAAAAUUUACAGAAUAAAAUUUCGAGGCAAACUGAUAAAAUUAAUGACAUCCGGGAAAAGAAAAAUAGAUUGAUUGAGGAGCAACUACGUUUACAAAGUGGAGUCCAAGCUCGAAGUCAGUUAUCUGCUUCUUAUGAUAAAUUACAAGAGCAAUUGGCUGUUUUAAGUGUGGCAAUUGAAGAGAAUAAAUGCAAUUUAGAACCAUUACAGAAACAGUAUGAUGAGGCAUUAAGAAUAAAAAAUUCCGCUUUGGAAAAAAAUAGAACUAUAUUAAAAGAAAAACAAAAUCAUGUUACGAAUUUAGAAAAACAGUUUGAUGAUAUACAAAAGGACACUGUAAAACUCCAAAAAUUUUCAAGUCAGAACUUAGAAAAACAGGUUGAAGAAAUUUUAACUAGUGUUCAAGAUUUAUAUGACACCCGAAAAGAGAUUGUAAAUUCAAAGAAAAAACUGCAGCAGGAUAUCAAUCAAUUUAAGGAGGACUUAUCAAAUCAAGAGUUGAAAGAAAGGGACCUUGCUGACAAUAUGGCUUUACGACAGAAACAAAUGGAAGAAGAAAAUUUGAAACAACAGAUGAAUGUUCUUAGAACGAAAAUGGGCGACAUGAACUCUAAGAAUAUUCUUAUCGAAAAGUCUGAUUUAAUACAAAAACAUACUAAUACAAUCAAGAGCAUUUCUGAAUUGAAAGGGCAAUUGAAAACAUUAGAAGAACAAAUUAAGGCAAUGAAACAUGAAUUACAAACAAAAUAUAAAGAUGCCGAUAAACAAUAUUUAGAACGAGUUUAUAAAUUGGAGUGUGAAAAGCAAAUGGUGAAAAAUCUGGCGAAUUAUUCUUUAGCUUUGGAAUGGGCUAUUAUGAAAUAUCAUGAAGAAAAAAUGAUUAAAAUCAAUGUCCUAAUUAAAAAAAUGUGGAGAGAAAUUUAUAAGGGUAAUGAUAUUGAUUACAUUAUGAUAAGAACUGAUGAAGCGUCUGGUGUGACUUCAAAAAAAAGAACAUUCAAUUAUAGAGUAGUUCAGAUAAAGAAUGAGGUUGAAAUUGAUAUGAGAGGCCGUUGCAGUGCUGGUCAAAAGGUCUUGGCAUGUCUCAUCAUCAGAAUGGCUUUAGCUGAAAUAUUCUCAAUUAAUUGUGGUGUGAUAGCAUUGGAUGAACCGACCACAAAUCUUGAUAGAAGCAACAUUGAAAGUUUAGCUAUCGCUCUGGGGCAGUUAGUUGAAUCCAGAAGUGCGCAGAGAAAUUUUAUGUUGAUUGUUAUUUCUCAUGAUGAAGAGUUUAUUGAAGCUUUGUCCAAGGUUCAGGACUUAUCUAAAUUUCAUAGAGUCACUCGUAACAGGUUUGGAAAAUCUGUUAUAACUCGCAUACAAAUUGAUAAUGCCUAACUUGUUUUUGUUAAUAAAUUGUU